UCCUACGUCUUCUGCGUUCCGCUCAGCUCCUUUUGGCCGAGUUAAACGCACACUGUACUUACAUGUCAGAUGAUGUACUGAGGGUGGUUCUUAAUAAACACCACCCGCUGUGCAAUGGUGGUACUCGGAGGACGACUUGUAGCUGGAUGGUGGUAAGAUAGAGCAGACAACAGGAAGCUGGGGGAAAAAAACAACAACUGUAAAGAGCAGACAGGAGGCCACGGUUCCCCCUCAAACACAUAUACACAUCAUCAGGGCCUUGAUGGUGAUGCAUGCAAGGAAACCAACAAGAGUCAGCGAUGGGUGCAACGACCGAAGGGAUUCACAAUCCUAUCAGACCCAUAAAUCUCAGCCAAAGAGCCAGUCCACCAGCCUUCACCGCUUUAACAAGGUGCGUGACAGCUCAUCAGAUCCCAUGCCCCCUUACAAGGUGCUGCGGCGGUCAGAUGAAAGUCCUGUCAGCAGACACAGCGAUGGAACGGGACACAGCAAAGCCAAAACCUCUCAUACUGCCAGAGGGAAAAAUGGGACCAGUGGAUCUCCACAGGAGACCCCUCACAACAACAGUUCUCACCAUGCUGCUGAAUCUCAUCCGAGUCAGAGUAAACCUGCAGACAGGGACCCAGCAGAUGAUUGGACAGAACACAUUAGCUCCUCUGGCAAGAAGUACUACUACAACUGUAGAACAGAGGUUUCUCAGUGGGAGAAGCCCAAGGACCUGCUGGAGAGGGAACAACGCCAGAAAGAUUCAGCGAAGAUUGUGGCUAACAGUUUCCCCAAGGACAUGGAUUACAGACAAGAGACAUUGCAGGAAAAAGCCACAGCUAAAACAACAUCGGGGGACCAAUCCACAACUUCAAACUGCAGCCAGUCCUCCUCUUACUUGUCUUCUCAGAACCUAAUCUGUGCUGCUGGGUCUUUAGGUUCUGCCCCCUCCAACAUGUCGUCCUCCUCUACAGGACAGGGUGCUGCAACUGUGCAGUCACCAUCAACUGCACUGCUUCAGGACCCCGCCCUCUUUCAUCAGCUCCUCCCAGCGCUACAGGCAACUCUGCAGAUGAACAACGGCAACAUGGACAUGGCCAAGCUCAAUGAAGUCUUGGCAGCUGCUGUCACCCAAGCUUCCUUGCGGUCUGUGCUUCAUAAGCUCCUCGCUGCUGGACCUGCUUUGAACAUCACUGCUCUGCUCUCCGCUGCUCAACACUCAAACCAAG